ACGUGAAGCUUAGAGAAGAAGAAGGUUUACGAGAUCCGUUUCAGUAAUUUUAGCUGCUUCGAUUUGCUUUGGGACCAAUUACGAAGAGAAGAAGCACAAUUCUCUUGUUUAUAUUUUGCUGCAACAAUGCCAUCUGAUAUAUUGGAACCCAGAGGUCUGCCUACACCUUCUCAUUUUCAUGAAGACAUUCGCAUCACUCCUGAGAAACAAUUUGGUUUCAUGAAAAACAAUCCAAUGCCUGAAGGUGGUGUGGAUAGAAGUUCGAAUCUACCGACUAGUUCUUGGACAUCUGAUAGUUACCAGCUCUCGCAGCAAUCAAGCUUAUCUGGGGCGCUCCCCUCCUUUAUCCCUAAUGGAAGAACUACUUCAAGUGACACUCACUGGGAGAGCAGUCUAUUUUCCAGCUCUCUGUCUGACCUAUUUAGUAGAAAAUUACGGCUACCACGGAGUGAUAAGUUAACCUUUAUGUCUGCAAACCGUGAGGAAGAACCUUCUGAGUCCUUAGAAGAGAUGGAGGCGCAAACUAUUGGAAACCUUCUUCCAGAUGAGGAUGAUCUUUUUGCAGAAGUGGUUGGUGAGGGUGUCCAUAAGUCUCGUGCCAAUGGUGGAGAUGAUUUGGAUGAUUGUGACCUAUUCAGCAGUGUUGGUGGCAUGGAACUAGAUGGAGAUGUUUUCUCGUCUGUCGGUCAAAGAGAUGGCAAGAGAGGCAGCAAUGCUUUGAUUGUUGGUGAUCAUCCUCAAGGUGAAAUUUUAUCCAGAAUACUUUUUGUUAGGAAUGUGGAUAGCAUCAUCGAAGAUGGCGAGCUGAGGGUCCUUUUUAAGCAAUAUGGAGAUAUUCGGGCUCUUCAUACAGCUGGCAAGAAUCGUGGCUUUAUCAUGGUAUCAUACUAUGAUAUAAGAUCUGCUCAGAAUGCUGCGAGAGCACUCCAUGGUGGGCUCUUAAGGGGAAGGAAGCUUGAUAUUCGUUAUUCUAUCCCAAAGGAAAAUCCUAAAAAAGAGAACUCCAGCGAAGGAGCCUUGUGGGUAAAUAAUCUUGAUUCUUCUAUAUCAAAUGAAGAGCUUCACAGAAUAUUCAGUUCAUGUGGAGAAAUUAGAGAGCUUCGUAGAACGAUGCAUGAGAACUCACAAGUUUACAUAGAGUUCUUUGAUGUUCGAAAGGCAGAGGUUGCACUUCAAGGUCUAAAUGGACUUGAGGUCGCUGGGAGGCAGCUUAAACUUGCACCAACCUGUCCAGAGGGUACAAGUUUCUCGCCACAGUUCACUGCAGAUGAUGGUGAGGGGAGUCUACCUAAUAUGGCUUUUAAUAACCUAUCAUCAGCACAUAUGGGGAGACAUUUCCCAGGAAUAUUAGCUUCGACCGCCAUUGAUGGUGGAUCUAUUCGAGCUAUGCACAAUUCUGUUGGGUCACCUGUGAACUCCUUCAUUGAGCGUCAUCAGAGUCUCAAUGUUCCUAUUGGUUUGCCACCAUCGGCAAGAGUCAUCUCAGCUAGCAAGCCUGUUGGUCUUCAGGAGUUUGGAAACCCAUUUGAUAAUUCGAAAACGGGCAUCCAAAGUAUGCCAAAUCUCCAUCCUCAUUUUCCUGAUUACCUUGACAACUUUGGAAGCGGUAGUCCAUAUAAAUCCUCUACUACAUUCUCUGAAAUGGUAAGCGAUGGCCAAAAAGCAAAUGAGGGCUUUAUGAUGAGCAAUGUUCGUGGACUGGGCGUAGAUGGAUUUAAUGGAGGUGUCAUAGGAUCUCCCAUAAAUCAAGGAUCCCAUCGCGGUAACCUCAACUUAUGGAGUAACUCUAACACUCAGCAACAUAAUCAGUCAAGUGGCAUGAUGUGGCCUAACUCACCAUCUCGUGUCAACGGCAUUCCUUCUCAGCGCAUCCCACCUGUUACUGCAUUCUCUAGAGCAUCUCCUCUAAUGGUGAACAUGGCAUCAUCGCCUGUGCACCACCACAUUGGAUCUGCCCCGGUAUUAAACUCACCUUUUUGGGAUAGAAGACAGGCAUAUGUAGCUGAAUCUCCAGAAUCUUCAGGAUUUCACUUAAGUUCUAACGGUAGCAUGGGAUUUCCUGGCUCUUCUCCCUCACAUCCAAUGGAAAUCGGUUCUCAUAAGGUUUUUUCUCAUGUUGGUGGGAAUCGCAUGGAUACCAAUUCAAAAAAUGCUGUAUUGCGAUCAUCGCGACAGAUUCCUCACCUCUUUACUGGAAGGAGCCCAAUGCUUUCAGUGUCAGGCUCAUUUGACUUACCUAAUGAACGAUACAGGAAUCUCUCUCACCGAAGAAGUGAAUCUAGCUCUAGUAAUGCUGAAAAGAAACUGUAUGAGCUUGAUGUUGAUCGCAUAUUACGUGGGGACGACAGUAGAACAACAUUGAUGAUAAAGAACAUUCCUAACAAGUAUACUUCUAAGAUGCUUCUAGCUGCUAUUGAUGAGUACUGUAAAGGAACAUAUGAUUUCCUUUAUUUGCCAAUUGACUUCAAGAAUAAAUGCAAUGUGGGAUAUGCUUUCAUCAACCUUACCGAACCUGAAAAUAUUGUUCCCUUUUAUAAGGCAUUCAACGGUAAGAAAUGGGAAAAGUUCAACAGCGAGAAGGUGGCAUCUCUUGCAUAUGGUCGGAUUCAGGGAAAAUCAGCUCUUAUUGCCCAUUUCCAGAACUCAAGUUUGAUGAACGAAGACAAACGUUGCAGGCCUAUUCUCUUCCACACUGCUGGUCCAAAUGCUGGUGAUCAGGAACCAUUUCCAAUGGGUUCCAACAUCCGGUCAAGACCAGGCAAGCAUCGAACAAGUAGCAUCGAGAAUUACACCAACUUUAGCAGUAGCUCUGAAAACCGAGAAGAACCUGGAAAUGGGAACGACUCGAUAACUCUCGCCGUCCUAAUGGGAAGCUGCUGGUCUGAUGGCUCUUACGGUGGUGGUGGAAUGGUCGGUGUUGGUGGUGGGACUACUUCCUCCGCCGCCACUCCUAACGACGCCGUUAACUACUAUCUCAAGUCUCGUGGCUACAAUGGCCUCUUUUCUCAGAUCGAGUUGUCUUUCUCAGCUUCCAAUUUGCGAGACCGGGACGUGAUUUCAAAGAGUGAUGCAAUGGUGGUUGUUUAUACAAAAGGAAGAGAUGGAACACUUGCUGAAUUGUUCCGUAGUGAAGUUGUUUUGAAUUCUUUGAAUCCUAAAUGGAUUAAGAAUUUUACUAUUGGUUAUCAGUUCGAGGUUGUGCAAACAUUGUUGUUUCGUGUCUAUGAUAUUGACACUCAGUUUCAAAAUUCUAAGGAGGAGUUGCUUAAGCUCGACGAGCAGCAAUUUCUCGGUGAGGCAACGUGUACAUUGUCCGAGGUUGUUACCAAAUCAAAUAGGACGAUUGCUUUAGAACUUAUGCGUAAAGAAGGUGUUGCUGCACAGACUCAGCCACAAAACAGUGGAAAGCUUAUUGUCCAUGCUGAGGAGUCUCUAGCUUCUAAGACCAAUACAGAGAUUGUAUUUAGGGGGUUGAAUUUGGAAUCAAAGGAUACUUUCUCUAAAAGUGACCCUUUUUUGGUGAUAUCUAAGAUUGUAGAGCACGGGAGUCCAAUCCCGGUCUCUAAAACCGAAGUCUUAAAGAAUGAUCCCAAUCCACUUUGGAAACCAGUCUCUCUAAGUGUUCAACAAGUGGGGAGUAAGGACAGCCCACUGGUAAUAGAAUGUUUAGACUUCAAUGGAAAUGGCAAUCACGAUCUUAUCGGAAAAGUUCAGAAAUCACUUUCAGACUUAGAAAAGCUUCAUUUGGCUGGCCAAGGAAUCAAUUUAGUCUUAUCUACUGGUGUUGGACAUAAACAUGAAGACAGGGUAUUAAAGAGCCAGCUUUUCGUGGACAAGUUUACUGAAACCGUCCAGCAUACAUUCCUUGAAUACUUGGCGUCUGGAUUUGAAUUGAACUUCAUGGUCGCCAUUGAUUUCACAGCUUCAAAUGGAAAUCCUCGUCUCCCAGAUUCCUUGCAUUACAUCGAUCCUACAGGACGAUUAAAUGCCUACCAGAGAGCAAUAGUUGAAGUAGGAGAAGUGUUGCAGUUCUAUGACUCAGACAAACGCUUUCCCGCAUGGGGUUUUGGAGCUCGCCCAAUCGACAUCCCGGUCUCACAUUGCUUUAACCUCAACGGAAGCAGUACUUAUUGCGAGGUAGAUGGGAUUCAAGGUAUCAUGAAUGCCUACAAUGGUGCUCUCUUCAACGUCUCUUUUGCAGGGCCUACUCUAUUUGGUCCUGUGAUCAACGCUGCUGCAACAAUCGCAAGCGACUCACUCGCUCAAAGUGCAAAGAAAUAUUACGUCUUGUUAAUAAUCACAGAUGGAGUAAUAACAGAUCUUCAAGAAACGAGAGACUCAAUUGUCAGUGCAUCGGAUCUCCCAUUAUCAAUCCUCAUUGUUGGAGUCGGAGGAGCUGACUAUAAAGAAAUGGAGGUACUAGAUGGAGAUAAAGGAGAGAAAUUAGAGAGCUCCAGCGGUCGCAUAGCAUCGCGUGAUAUCGUCCAGUUUGUUGCAUUACGAGACAUACAAUAUGGAGAGGUCUCAGUGGUAGAAGCACUUCUAGCAGAAUUGCCUACACAAUUUUUGACAUCACCUGAAAAAGGGGGUUUAAAGAUAUUUGCAACGCUGGCGAAUUCAAGAAAUUAUGGAAAGAGGCCCUUUCGAGCCGACGAAUCGGAUGAAAAGAAAGAAGGCGAUGAUGAUGAGAACAUAUUCCCUUUCUUCUCGGCCCGAUCCCAAUAUGACAUGCGUGCCAUGGUCUCAGCCUUGACUCAAGUCAUUGGUAACCAAAGCAGCUCUCAUGAUAAUACUCAACAUCAACCUGUUGUGUAUAAUCAACAAAAUCCUAACCAACCGGCUCCUCCGACUCAAGAUCAAGGGCUCGUGAGGAAGAGGCACUAUAGAGGGGUAAGACAACGACCAUGGGGAAAGUGGGCAGCUGAAAUUCGGGAUCCGCAAAAGGCAGCACGGGUGUGGCUCGGGACAUUUGAGACUGCUGAAGCUGCGGCUUUAGCUUAUGAUGAAGCAGCUCUUAAGUUCAAAGGAAGCAAAGCCAAACUCAAUUUCCCUGAGAGAGCUCAACUAGCAAGUAACACUAGUACUAUUACCGGUCCACCAAACUAUUACUCUACUAAUAAUCAAAUUUACUACUCAAAUCCGCAGACUAAUCCGCAAACCAUACCAUAUUAUAACCAAUACUACUAUAACCAAUAUCUUCUUCAAGGAGGAAAUAGUAACGAUGCACUAAGCUAUAGCUUGGCCGGUGGGGAAACCGGAGGCUCAAUGUAUAAUCAUCAGACGUUAUCUAAUACAAAUUCUUCAUCGUCUGGUGGAUCUUCAAGGCAACAAGAUGAACAAGAUUACGCCAAAUAUUUGCGGUUUGGGGAUUCUUCACCUCCUAAUUCUGGUUUUUGAAAUACUCAAUAAACUGGUAAUAAGGGAUUUGGGCACUUGUUAUGAGGGGAUCAUAUGUUUCUUGAGUUUUUUUUUGUAUUUUCAUUAUGCAUGUGUUGUUUGUGAUCACUUUGUUUAUUUCUUCUUUCAAGAGUUUUCAUGGGUUCUUUGUUUACAACCCUUGCAUUUGGAUUUAU